AUGUCAGAGGCCGGCUCCAAUCCAUUCGGUCUUUCCGAAGUCGAAUUCGCUUUCUAUGAAUUUGCAAAGGCUUCUGGAAAGGACGGCAUCAAGUUCAGCGAUCGCCCUCCCAAUAUGGGUGUCGAGGAAGCUUAUGGAGCCAUGAACUCGUUGCUUAAAAAGAAUGCACUCGAAGUUGUUCAAAUCAACAAUGAAAACAUGCUGCGUGCUAUUGACCUCAGGGAGGCUGAAAAGGCGAGUCGACUUAGUGAUGAAGCACGUAUUGUCUACAAUGCCAUUCGUGGUGCCGGCAACGAGGGUAUCUGGACGAAGGAUCUCAAGAAGAAAACCAACAUGCACACCAUUGUUCUCAAUCGCACAUUGAAAGCACUUGAACAAAAACAAGAGAUCAAAGCUGUCAAGCAUGUCAAGUUUCCUACACGCAAGAUUUACAUGUUGUAUAACAUGACGCCUUCGAGUGAAGUGACAGGUGGUGCUUGGUAUACGGAUCAGGAAUUGGAUAUCGAGUUUAUUGAGAGCUUGAAAACGGCAUGUCUCAAAUAUAUCACUGCGCGGAGCUUUCCUCGUGGAAAUGAGCAAGUCCGUGAAGCAGUCUACAGCGCAGAGCACGAGCAUUAUCCUACAGCUGUUGAAGUGCGAAGAUUCAUCACCGAGUCACGUAUCUCCUCUGUCGAUCUUUCAGUCAAAGAUAUCGAGAGCCUUUUGGAUGUCUUGGUUUAUGAUGGCGUAGUCGAGAAGAAGUUACCCUACGUUCCCGGCUUUGAAGAUGACGACCUUAGCGACGAUGAAGGAGAUGAUCCGUCGGUGCCAUUUGCAUACAAGGCAGUACGUAGGACGGCAAGUCGACUUCCAACCGAAGCAUUGACAGAGAUACCCUGUGGCAAAUGUCCGGUAUUCUCUUUUUGUACACCCGAUGGCCCUGUCAACCCAUCCAAUUGCGAGUAUUUCAAGAUAUGGCUGGAUUGGUAG